UACCCAACCAAUAUAAAAAAAAUCGUCAGCAGUCAUCGGAAAGUGGAGGAUUUGCGCCAGGAAAAAGACGUCUAGAGAUUGGCAUGCAUCUCCUUCAAACCUGACUCUCUUUCUCUCUCACAUACACACAAACACACACAACAGAGGUCAGCAACUUUCAGGUACAUAUCAAAGUUCCUGGUCCUGUUCAGAUUGGAACCUCGAAGAUUUCUUGAUUUACCCACUUCAGGAAGUAACUCUUUAAGCCUAAAGGAAGAUGUGAUUUGAUCUUCUUGUUGCUUCCUCUUUAGGUUGUCUUCCUGAGGUGAAUUUGCUUUGUGGGUUUGCUUCUCAGGUUUCUUAUCUUCUGUUUAGGAGAUGGUGAAUUUUGUCUUACUGAUGGAAAAGUUCUCAUGCUGCCAAAUUUGGUUUACUCGUUACACAUUUACAAGAUUGUAAGGUCGAGUUCAUCAAAACCAAGAUCAGGUUGGACUAGAAACCUUGUUUCAAACAUAUGGCAGAUGCUAGUCCCAGGACUGAUAUCUCCACUGAUGGUGAUACUGAUGAUAAGAACAUGAGGUCUGAAAAAAGGGGUAAUCUACUUCUCAUGGCUGCUUCAGAUUCCAGUGAUAGAACUAGAGAUCAGAAGACUCUUCGGAGGCUUGCUCAAAAUCGUGAAGCUGCAAGAAAAAGUCGAUUGCGCAAAAAAGCCUACGUCCAGCAGCUGGAGAGCAGCAGAUUGAAAUUCACCCAACUAGAACAAGAGCUACAGCGAGCAAGGCAGCAGGGAAUCUUUAUAUCAAGCUCCGGUGACCAAACUCAUUCAACGACUGGAAAUGGGGCAUUGACAUUUGACAUGGAGUAUGCUCGAUGGCUUGAAGAGCAAAAUGGGCACAUGAACGAGCUUAGAUCAGCAGUAAAUGCCCAUGCAAGCGAUGCAGAACUUCGUACUAUUAUUGAUGGUAUAAUAUCACACUACGAUGAUAUUUUCAGGCUCAAGGCCAACGCAGCAAAAGCAGACGUUUUCCAUAUAUUAUCUGGCAUGUGGACCACCCCUGCUGAGAGGUGUUUCUUGUGGCUGGGUGGCUUUCGUUCUUCAGAGCUUCUAAAGCUUCUGGUGAGCCAAAUAGAGCCUUUGACAGAACAGCAACUGGCUUCAUUAAGGAACUUGCAGCAUACUUCUCAGCAGGCAGAGGAUGCACUUUCUCAAGGAAUGGACGCUUUGCAACAGUCUUUAGCAGAGACAUUGUCUGGUGGACCUUCUGGCUCCUCCUCUGGUUCAGCUGGGAAUGUUGCAAACUAUAUGGGUCAAAUGGCUAUGGCCAUGGGGAAACUAGGAACACUUGAAGGAUUUAUACGUCAGGGUGACAACCUAAGGCAGCAAACCCUCCAACAAAUGCAUCGGAUUUUGACAACUCGACAGUCUGCCCGUGCUCUACUUGCCAUGCACGAUUAUUUCUCCCGACUUCGCGCUCUAAGUUCCCUUUGGCUAGCGCGUCCAAGGGAGUGAAAAUGCGUUUUAGUAUUGCCAACUGACCAACCUAGUUGGAAUGUAGUUUCCAUAAUUUUAUCUUGUUUCUAGUGUUGUAUAAAAACAGAAAUACCUAAUAGAGAGAAGAAUUAUCAAAUUAUUUGGAGAAACUAUUGAAACUUGUGUUAGUAUAUUAUAUUCAACAAUGUGGUUUUAUGAUGGAUUGAUAUGUAUAUAGAGUACAAGAAACUAAAAACUUACUCAUUCCUAAAUACAUGGAAAUUGUAUCUCUAAUAUUU